UCCUCUUCUUUGUCUUUCAGGCCGAGCACCGUACGAUGACCGCGUUCAUUCUGGCCGUCAUAGUGAACAACUACAACACCGGUCAGGAGGCCUGUCUACAGGGGAACCUCAUAGCCAUUUGCCUGGAACAACUCAAUGACCCUCACCCGCUACUCCGCCAAUGGGUGGCCAUCUGUCUGGGCCGAAUCUGGCAGAACUUUGACUCUGCGCGCUGGUGCGGUGUGAGAGACAGCGCCCACGAAAAGCUUUACAGCCUCCUGACUGACUCCAUACCUGAGGUUCGCUGUGCCGCGGUUUUUGCUCUUGGGACCUUUGUGGGGAACUCUGGGGAGAGGACGGACCACUCCACCACAAUAGAUCACAAUGUGGCCAUGAUGUUGGCGCAACUCCUCAAUGACGGCAGUGCCAUGGUCCGCAAGGAGCUGGUUGUCGCUCUCAGUCACUUAGUUGUUCAGUAUGAGAGUAAUUUCUGCACGGUGGCGCUGCAGUUCAUAGAGGAGGAGAAGAAUUACCACCUGCCGUCACCAGCCGCCAUGGAGGCCGGCAACCUGAUCCCGGUGCGGGAGGCUCCCAGCACCCCUCGCCUCCGAUCCGUCAGCUCUUAUGGGAACAUCCGGGCAGUGAGCACCCCGAGAAACCUAAACAAGUCAUUACAGAACCUCAGUCUGACUGAAGAAGGUGGAGGGCCUGCAGUUUUCUCUCCCGGGAACCUCAGCACCAGCAGCAGCGCAAGCAGCACUCUCGGGAGCCCGGACAACGAGGAGUACAUCCUGUCCUUCGACACCAUUGACAAGAUGAGAAGAGUCAGCUCCUACUCCUCCCUCAACUCUCUGAUAGGAGUCUCCUUCAAUAGUGUUUAUACCCAGAUCUGGAGGGUUCUUCUUCACCUGGCUGCUGACCCGUACCCUGAAGCUUCAGACCUGGCCAUGAAGGUGCUGAACAGUAUAGCAUACAAGGCCACCUUGAGCACUCGCCCCCAGCGCAUUUUGGACGCUGCCUCUCUCACCCAGUCUGCCCCAGCCAGCCCCACUAAUAAAGGGAUGCAUAUCCACCAAGUUGGGGGGUCACCUCCAACUCCAAGCGCCAGCAGCUCAAGUCUCACCAACGAUGUCGCCAAACCCACCAUCAGUAGAGAGUUGCCUUCUGCCCGACCUGCCAAUGUUGGAGGAAAUAUAGGGGUACAAUAUACUCCACAUUCUCACCAAUUCCCCCGAACCCGCAAGAUGUUUGACAAAGGCCCGGAUCAGGUGCCAUACUGUGCUGUUCGUGUAACCUGA